AUGGCAGCCAUUCAUGUUCUUGUUGUGUUUCUUUCAUGCAUUUCAACUGUGGUGAGGUGUGAGGGUGAUGAAGAUGACUCGUAUGCUCAAGAGAUUCUAAGUUCAGCCCAAAAGGAAAAGGAUUGUGAACUUGACAAACUUGGCAUACCUUAUACAUACCCAGUUGCCAAAACUGGUGUAGUUGCACAUAUUGGUUCUGGUUCUCCUCCCAUCAUCGUUAUUCGUGCUGAUAUAGAUGCACUGCCCUUGAAGGAGCUUGUUGACUGGGAAUACAGGAGCAAAAUUGAUGGCAGAAUGCAUGCUUGUGGACAUGAUGCUCAUGCUAAUAUGCUACUUGGGCUGCAAAGUUGCUUAAUCAGCGCAAAGAUAAGCUUAAGGGGAACUGUGAAGCUUCUUUUCCAACCUGCAGAGGAGGGAGCUAAAGGUGCCUCACAAAUGAUAAAAGAAGGAGUUCUUCAAGACGUUGAAGCAAUUUUUGCUCUUCAUAUUGAUGCUAUGAUAUCUACCGGAGCCAUAGCAUCGAUUCCAGGUCCUUUUACAGCUGCUGGAUGUAUUUUUGAAGCAAAGAUUGUAGGAGUAGGUGGUCACGCUGCACUCCCGCACAUGACUGUAGAUCCAGUGCUGGCUACAUCAUUUGCAAUAUUGGCCCUGCAACAGCUUGUCUCAAGGGAAAUUGAUCCUCUUCACAGUCAAGUGCUGUCUAUUACUUAUGUCAAAGACGCAUUAAACGUGAUCCCGUCCUAUGUUAUUGAAGGACAAGCAAGUGUACAUCGAUGUAAAGCAUAUGUUGAUUUCAUGGAAAAAGACCAUACACCAUAUCCUUCUGUUGUCAACGACAAAGUCUUACAUCUACAUGUCGAUAGAGUUGGCAGACUUCUGCUUGGUACAGGCAAUGUCCAUGAAGCAAAGAAGUUGAUGGCAGGUGAAGAUUUUGCGUUUUAUCAAGAAGUGAUUCCUGGAACAUUGUUUUCAAUUGGAAUCAGAAAUGAGAAAGCAGGAUCAUUUCACUCCCCACACUCUCCAUUUUUCUUUCUUGAUGAGGAAGUUCUUUCAAUCGGAGCAGCUCUGCACACUGCUGUCGCUGAGUUGUAUUUAAGUGAGCAUAGUUUUUAG